GUCUGCUGCGGUGCAACCGGAGUACCACGCCGAGAUGCAGUAGGGAGGACAGUCGUUCCACAAUAGACUGAUGGAGGGUCAUCCAGUAGAAUCAGCAUUGCCACUGUCACAGACAGUGGUUCCCCCGGCGGUGCAGACCUCCUCCUCAGGCAGUCUGUGUGCCAAACCCCGGGACAGGAUGAAGACUCCAGCUUUCCUGUCCAACUUGGGGAAGCCCACCCUGCGUGGCAUCCGCAAGUGCCCUCAGUGUGGCAUCUACAACGGCACACGGGGCCUCAGCUGCAAGAACAAGGCCUGUGGCGCAGUCUUCCGGGAUGGGACAGUGACUGGAGCUCGGAGGUCGGCGAAGAAGGGAGUUAGAGGAGGCUCAGAGGUGGUGAGGAUUGUGACGGAUGGAGGAGGAGCUGUAGGAGGAGGUGCAUUCGUGGAUGGUGGCAGUGGAGGAUCUUCGUCGUCAUCUUCCUCCUCAGCGGGGGCCCCUCAGGUGUUCUCACUGCGCCAGCGCGGCCGGGGCCCGGAGCAGAGGGGCUUCGUGGAGCUAACGCUCACCGACACGGCCAUCGCCACCACCGACGGCACACUGCUCACCCGCCUCAGCCUUGGGCGCUGUUUCCUGCCCGUCUGCAGACGCCAACAACAACAACAACAACAACAACAACAAAACCAGCGGGAGGGCGCUUCUUCGUCUCCACCCCCAUCUUCCUCACCCCAGGCUUCGGACAGCCCCUGCGGGCAUGUGCGGCAGGCCAUGGAGUGCCCUGCUGGCCAGGUUGCCACGCCACUCCCGCUGAAGAGCUCAGUGCUGGAGGGGCUACCAGUCUCAGCCCAGACCCGGCAGGAGCUGUGGCGGCUGGCCAUGGACACCCUGGGCCCCCUGGUGCAGCGGGUCUCACGGAGCUCACUGGUGGUCAAAUGUCACACAAGCGAGGCCCAACCACUGGGGCUGCUGCACUGCACCGUGGGAGGUGCUGGGGCGAAGGGUGAGAGUGGGGGGGUGGUUUUUCGUUGUGCGUGCCAGCAAGGGGUGAAGCCUUCCAGCCUGGGCAGUCUGGGCUCCUCUGAUGUGAUGAAAGAGACAGUGUUAGCGGAUGUGUCGCCUCUCUCUCCUAAAUCCGUGGGAGCCACGCGGUGUCUGCACUUCUACGCCUGUGUUUGUGCCUUUGCCAGUGAUGAUAAACUGGCUGUUGAAUUUGCUCACUUCCUCAGCCACUGUUCAAAUGGGCUGCAGGUGAGCAUUGGCUCCUCAGCACUCUGUGCCUCUGAUGCCCAGCCAAUUCCUGAGCCAAUCACUCCACACAGAACAAAGAGGCUGAAAGCAGAGGAGCCAAUCACAGUGGCCUGUCCCACUCUGGCUGUCAGGGAGGCCGGUGCUCCGGCCCUUGGCCCCCGCAAGCCCAGCAGCCGGAAACACGCUCCUUCCAUUGGGCACAAGACCCCAGUAGGGAAUAACCAGCUCGUGGACGAGUCCCAUGUCUCCCUACCAUUUCAACACUGGCUGGCCAGCGUCAAUGAGAAGAUCCACCAGUCAAUGCACUACCAGUUUGAUGGGAAACCGGAGCCCCUGGUCUUCCACAUCCCACAGUCCUUCUUCAAUGCCCUGCAGCAGCGCCUCUCCCUGGGGAGUAAAAAGAGACGGCUCCCCAACUCCACCACCGCAUUUGUCCGCCAGGACGCCCUGCCUCUGGGUUCUUUCUCCAAGUAUACCUGGCACAUCACCAACCUCAUGCACGUCAAACAGAUCUUUGAUACACCAGAGCUGCCCUUGAAGCUGACGCAGAGUUUCGUGAGGAACAGUGACAGCUCCUACUCACCCUUCACCUGCCCGGAGGUCCCUGCCGAACCCCUGGCAGAGGCAUUCGGCCGGACAGACCGGCCCCAGGCCAUCCGACCCCACGAGCUGCACACCUUUCUUAAAGUGGGUAAGUGUCAGUGGACAGCUUCUGUGUGCAAGAAGAUGCAUGCUACCAUACCUCUGGCUCUGUUUGCUAAGUGGAUCUUACUUUGGAUCUACAUCUUUGUAGUGAAGUAG